AUGACGACUCCCACAAACCCAGAUGGGAUCGAAGACGUUAAUGAUUUCUUGUUGCGCAUUAGGGAAUUAGGUGAUAGACGCGAUAAAGAAGACGAGGAACGAACCAAGAAGCUGGAAGAUGAGAUUCUACAAGGCCGAAAAGAAAGACAAGCCCGCCGAGCUGAGCGAGCCCGAUCCAUUGCCGGUUCAUCAGUUGCUGGUUCCAUUUCUGGUUCCAUCUCUGGUUCCCCUACCCUAAACCCAUUGAGACUCAGUGCUUCAUCCCUCAGCCACCCAUCAAUUGAGCCACCAUUUCAGCUUGAUCCAACAUUGCAAACACCAGACCCUGAACCCGCAAUGGAGCCUUUUGAAACUGGAGAUAGCAGACGUGGAUCAGUCCAAGAUACAGAAAUGGAAUCUUCCCCACGAGCUGCACCCGCCUUCUCUCGCAGUCGAGCCGGAACCUUGUCCUGGCAGCAACGCCCACAAUCGCGUGAUUUUGGCAGCAGAUCUUCAGCCUCAACAUCCCCCACCCGCUCCAGUCAUUUGCGAAAUGCAUCAGUAGCUUCGGAUGAUCGCCAAGUGUCUAGUGCCCGGUUUUCCCAGUCUUUUUCCAUGAAAGAUAUUCCCACCUUGCGCCAGACCCCAGACCUAGGUCCAAAUUCUCCAGCACAACAGAAAAACGAAGAAUUUAAUAGCCAAGUGGAUUUGGGAUUCAGUCGACAGAUGACGGGCAUGAACCGUGAGUCAUCAGCAGAACCAGAGAAAGCAGAGGAAGAGCGUCCACGGACUGCGUCUACCAUUGGCGAUAGCAACUUCAGCAACAAUCGGUUUUCAAGUGUAUCAUCAGUCUCUUUGGCGACUGGCCUGGGGUCUCCGGCUGCUUUUACAGAUGCUCCAAAGCUUGACCCUUCGCAGGCCGAUUCUGAAGAAGAUCCUUUGCCUGCAUCUCCCACUCAACGGCGAAUGUCAGAACGAUCUCGUUCCACAUCCCCCACUAAAGGUCUGGGAGGGUUCGUCCAAAGUGCUAUGAUGAGACGCUCAGACAGUGUAUCCAAGCGAUGGAGCGCUCAAAUUCCUCAAGGCCUUAGUCGAUCAAACUCAACCGUCAGCAACCGUAAUAGCUUUAUUGCCCCGAGCCUUGCCAGUGCUACUGACUUGGCUCAUCCCACGGGAUCUGGGAUCAACCUUGAGAAUGACCAGCUGUCUGGCCAGCGGCCUGGAUCUAGUCAUAGUGAGGCUACCGUUCAACCUUCUGAGUUCAUCGAGAGACCUACUACGCCGUCCUCCCGAUUUACUGAGAACACACGAUUUGGAACUGCUAGCCCGACCAGACCAUCCUCUCGCCACUCCAGAUCUGCAAGCUCGGUGACCGCAGACACCCAUAACGGAGAUUCUUCCAGUCCAUUUGUCUCGAGAACCAUGGACCCCAGACGAUGGAGCCCUACCAAGGCCUCCUGGUUGGAGAGUGCUCUCAACAGACCUGAGUCCCCUCGAUCCCAGAGACCACCAUCUCAGUCUUCCUGGGCCCGUGAUCGACAAUCGAGAACUAGCGUUGAUAUGGGUCGGGUGAACAGUUUCAAGGAAGUGACUCCGGUGGGGCUGAUGCGGACCACGCCAGGCGCAAGUUUCAAGCCUAAUGUUGGAACACCUCCAGUUGUUGGCAGCCCUAGUCUCGAAGCGACUAAGCCGAAAGAGACAGUACCUGAAUCACCCAUCUCUGGGCGAAAUGGUCAUUUCAAGAAGCACAGUAUUUCAGGAAACACAUCGAUUCUUGGUAGCCCUAGCCUUGAAGCCACCAGACCAAUAGAAACGGUGCCUGAAUCUCCAGCCUCCGUUCGAAGUGGAAAAUUCAACAGAAUCAGCAUUUCUGGGACCCCUUCGAUUCCCGGCAGCCCUAAAGCUUCCAAUAUAAAGGAAGUGCCAGAAUCACCGGCCUCUGUGCGAGGUGAAGAUACCAAGAAACUUAGCCUUUCUGAAACCCCAUCGAUACUCGACGCCCCCAAGCUGGAAGAAACCGUUUCGGAAUCACCACUGUCUCCUGCAUACAAAGAACCUGAAUCUAUCACACCAAUUGCUGAAUCCGUAGAAAAAGACACGGAGAGGUGUUCAUCCGCUAUGCCCGAGGCUGAACCGCAUGAUGUUCCAGCAGAUCCAAACGAUACCCAGGUGUCUGAAAAGACCCGGCAGCUCGAAAAGUCCCCAGAGAUCCACCCAACUCGGAAGCCAGUUCCCUUCUCAGGAGCCCCAAAGCCAAACUUCUCGCUUCCUUCCCGUACCGCUAUGUCGUCAUCGCCCAAGUCUACAACGCAGUCUCCUGUUGUCGACUUCAGAGCAAAUCUGCGCAAGCGCGAUGUGACGAAAGAUUCCGGACCGCAGAAAGAACCGGAAUUCAAGAAUGUCUUUGGGAAACUCAAAAAGACCGAGACUAGCAAAUACGUUGCGCCGGAUGAAUUGAAGGGUAAUAUCCUACGGGGAAAAGCAGCGUUGAACUCGACAGGUGGCCCCAAGAAGACUGAACGAGUCGAUGAUUUUAGAAAUAGUCUAGUUUUUACGAAAGAGGCGAUGAAAGCCGCAGGAGGUUCUAUCAGACGAAAUACUGUCGGAAAAGACGACGAGCCGCCAAAGUCAACUGAGGAAGUACCCGAAUUCAUUGCGAAGCGCAACUACAUCAGGUCGGAUAGCAUUCAUAGCCUCCGACGGACGAAUACCGAUGAACGGAGUGCCACAUCCAGCCCAACACGACCUUCGCUCAAUGAUGCUCCCAUACUGCCGCUCGCUGUGGGACAGGCAAUCAUCACCAAUGAGGAUGAAAUUCAGGAAACCUCUCGUGUCGUCUAUACUGCAGCCUCAGAUCUGCCGAGCUCCACCCUUCAGAAUGAGUCCAAGGAUAUUCCUAAUCGCGUUCAAACGACUGAGAACCCCGAAAUCCCAGUUAAUGGCCUGCCUUCAGCAGCCACUGCUACGAGUCCAAUUACUGCCCGUAGAGGAACGCUUGCAGGCCGAAUCAACCCCGCCUUAGCAGGCCUCCUUACGCGACGAGGUUCUCAGGCCCCAACGGAGGAACCUAAGAGGGCUUCUUUUUCCAACAUCCCCUCUUCUGAGCCAUCUGUGCCCCUCAGCCACAUGACGAAAGGUCGUGCCAAGGGACCCAAGAGGCGACCACCACAAGAGAUGACUUCACCAUCCCAGUCAGUUGUUCAGGAUCAAGAGGUUGGUGCUAUCUCAUCUCCUGAAAAUAAAACAUCACAGCCUCUCGAGCCGGAAGUUCCUCUGGAAACUCCGUCGCAGAGCGUAGCGGAUGAAAUCUUCGUUCUCGAUACUGAACCUGCUCGAGCAGAGAGCCCUUUCCCCGAGCAAACUCCAAAAGUAAGCGUCGACUAUCGGGAGAAUAAAACACAGUCUCUUGACAAGGAAAUUUCUCCGGAAAACCCCACCAAUAUCGUAUCGGAUGAACCCUUCGUUGUCAACACUGAACCAGCUUCAGAAUGCCCCUCCCCGAAACAACUUACGGCACUUGACAUCGACUUCCGGGAGGAUGAAAUCUCACAGCCUCUUGAGCCAGAGAUUUCCCCAGAAACUCCCUCGAAGAGUCUGGCAGACGAACCUUUCGCCCUCGAUACUGAGCCUGCUCCGGUAGAGAGCCCUUCCACUAAGCAAUUCCCAGCAACGAAAAUCGAUGAUCGGGAAGAUGAACAAUUUGAGCCUCUUGAACCGGAAGUUUAUCCGGAUACCCCCUCAAAGAGUAUUGUAGAUGACCUCUUCGCUCUCAAUACUGAACCUGCUCCAGUAGAGAGCCCUUCCCCUAAACAACUCCCAGCAACGAAAAUCGACGACCGGGAAGAUGAACAAUUUGAGCCUCUUGAACCGGAAGUUUAUCCGGAUACUCCCUCCAAGAGUAUUGCAGAUGACCUCUUCGCUCUCAAUACUGAAGCUGCUUCAGUAGAGAGCCCUUCCACUAAGCAACUCCCGGAAACGAAAAUCGAUGAUCGGGAAGAUGAAAAAUUUGAGCCUCUUGAACCGGAAGUUUAUCCGGAUACUCCCUCCAAGAGUAUUGCAGAUGACCUCUUCGCUCUCGAUACUGAACCUGCUCCAGUAGAGAGCCCUUCCCCUAAACAACUCCCAGUAACGAAAAUCGACGACCGGGAAGAUGAACAAUUUGAGCCUCUUGAACCGGAAGUUUAUCCGGAUACUCCCUCCAAGAGUAUUGCAGAUGACCUCUUCGCUCUCAAUACUGAAGCUGCUUCAGUAGAGAGCCCUUCCACUAAGCAACUCCCGGAAACGAAAAUUGACGACCGGGAAGAUAAAACAUUUGAGCCUCUUGAACCGGAAGUUUAUCCUGAUACCCCCUCCAAGAGUAUUGCAGAUGACCUCUUCGCUCUCGAUACUGAGCCUGCUCCAGUAGAGAGCCCUUCCACUAAGCAACUCCCGGAAACGAAAAUCGACGAUCGAGAGAAUGAAACAUCACGGCCUUUCGAGCCUGAGGGUUUCGCGGAAACUCCAUUAAAAACUUCUUCAGCUAUUUCAAAGAGCAUAACAGAUGAACCGUUCAUUCUCAACGCUGGACCUGCUCCAGUAGAGAAGCCUUCCCCCGAGCAGCUCCCGGCAAUAAGCUUUGACGAUCGGGAGAAGCCUAUUGAGUCGGAAGGUUUCUCGGACACUCUUUCAAAGAGUUUGGCAGAUGAAACAUUCUUUCUUGAUACUGAGCCAGCUUUCGUAGAGAAUCAUUCCCCAAAACAACUUACCUCGCAACCUCCCGAGACGGAAGUUUAUCCGGAAUCUACAUCGAGCAUAGAAGAUGAACCCUUCUUUCUCGAUACUGAAUCAGCUCCAGAGUACUCCUCUAAGCAAUCUCUGAACUCGGAGCCUCUCAAACCGGAAGUUUCUGCGGAAAUUCCUUCAAAGAGCAUGGCUUAUGAGCCCUUCGUUCCUGAGCCUGCUCCAGUAGAGAACGAGCAGCCUCUCGCGAAGGAAGUUUACCCGGAAAACAUCUCAAGCAUAGAAGACAAACCCUUCUUUUUCGAUACUGAAUCAUCUUCGGUAGGAAGCCCUUCCCCCAAGCUCCCAGCAAUGAACAUUGAAGACCGAGAAAUUGAAACAUUUGAGCCUCUCCAGUCGGAAACUUCUCCAGAAAAUCUACCGAAAAGUAUGGCGGAUGAACCUGCUCGAACAGAGAGUCCUUCAAUCGAGCAACUCCCAGCACUGAACACCAAUCUGGAUUCUCUCAACAGUGACUUUAAACUUGGAACUCCCGUUUAUGAUAAACAAGCUCAAGAUGAGGCUUCACCUCGUGAGAUUGAGUCACCAAGAGACAUCAGCCCAACAAGCCAUUCUCCUGUUCUGCCGGAUUUCAGUUCACCUCCUGUCCCACCCAAACCCAUCUCGUCAUCGCCUGUACCUCCAACCUCAUCGUCAACUCCCGCAUUCAUGUCUCAAUGGGCCCAGCAAUCCCGGUUCAUUGCUUCCUCAUCCUCAUCGCCAUCUAUCAGAUCCACUUUCAAUAAGAACCAACGACCGACUCCCCCUGAGAAAGAUCCCCCUCGCAGUCCGAGGAGUCCUCACAUGGUUCCUCGCGUGAUUAUUUCGCAAUACGAAGAUCCACCUCAGGUGCUCCUCAAGUCGAAACAUUCCCACACACUGUCUCGAAAGAUGUCUGCGCCUUCUCUUGUUGCACAGGCGGCAGACGCUCGGGAGGUGAUUGCCAGUUUCUUCAAGACCUUCCCAAAUCCUCAGAGUCGCAUUGAUAUCGAUCCUCAGGUGGUGUUGACCCCCAAGCCGGAUGAGAUCAAGAUCCGUACAUUGAAGUUUCAAAUAUGGGAGCUUACGGGUGACGGUAAACGACAAGAGCUGCCCAUUCACCGACAGUAUGUGCUGUAUGAGGGAAGCAUGUAUUUGUGCGUGCAUUUGUUUGAAGAGUCAGAUAAAAACUGCUCUCAGGUGUAUCUCUGGUGCGGAGAUGAUGUGUCUGAGUCUGCGCUGGAUGCCGCGCAAGUCUCCGCACGCAAGAUUUCUCGCGAAAACGGUUGCAAGUUGGAAGUGGUUCGACAAGGCAAGGAGUGUAUGCGUUUCAUCCAAGCACUGGGUGGAAUAAUGAUCACCCGUCGUGGAUCCAGCUCCCGCACCAACUCAUCUGCCUUGUACAUGCUCUGUGGUCGGAAACACCUUGGUCAAAUGGUAUUUGACGAAGUCGACUAUUCGCUGCGCAGCCUGUGCUCUGGCUUCCCCUAUGUGGUAUCCGCUCCAUUCGGCAAACAGUACUUGUGGAAAGGCAAGGGUAGCAGCCCCGAGGAAACCGGUGCAGCCCGUCUCAUUAGCAUGGAUCUAGGCCUGACUGGCGAAUUUGAAGAGGUUGAGGAAAGUGAAGAAACUGAAUGCUUCUUUCAAGAUUUUGCAGGCUCUCGAGAAGCCAACCCUGUUAUGUUUUCGAAUUACUGGCAGCUCAAGCCGAAGUACGCCCAUUUCCGCAGCCGCCUGAUCCGAGUUGAUCACGAAUUGAGCCAACCGCCUCGUUUCUGGAUGCGUCGCCCCGGUUCCGGCUCACCGGCUUUACGUCCCAACGACACUGUGCAGGAGAUAGAGCCGUACUGUUACAGAGAUUUAGUUGAGAAGAAUGUGUAUGUUCUGGAUACAUUCUUCGAAAUAUUCGUUAUCGUUGGCGAACUAGCCACUCAAAAGCCAGCUGAUUUCGCCUCGGCGUUGAUUUUCGCCCACGAAUAUGGCAUAUUGGCCGCGUCUCUCGAAGAUCGUCCAUUUAUCCCUAAGAGUCAUGUCUCUCUUGGUGGCAUUCCUGAUCGAUGCCAGAGCGCGUUCCGUAAGUGGAGCCCACGUUCUCUGCAUGCUCCCUGCGUUUUCCCUCUCAACGUGGCUAUCGAAGCUAUCCGUUCCACUUAA